UUGGCUCAAGUUUUCUAUUUCUGGAGGGAGGGAUUAGAUGCAAAGUGCUCUUAGCUUGUUAGGUCUGGGCUCUUCUUGCUCCAUUGUACUAGUUUUGGAUGGUGCAGAUGAAAGAAAGACAGCAAUCAUAUAUUCCCCAACCAGCCAUAAGAGAAUCGAUGAACUUCCACUCUAUGGAGAAACAGAAACUGUUAGUGGUAAAGUAGUUAUAGCUGUAAAGGAAGGCAAGUCUUUGCAACAUAUGGGAAUUCGAAUAGAGUUUAUUGGAGCCAUCGAAAUGUUGUAUGAUAGAGAAAGCUCGCAGGAGUUUACAUCGCUUGUAAGAGAGUUGGAAGAUCCAGGUAUUCUGGUUGGAACCAAACAAUAUCCUUUUGCUUUUACUCAAGUAGAGAAAGCUUAUGAUACUUACAACGGAGUCAACGUUCGAUUGCGUUACUUUCUAAGAGUGACAGUUGAACGGCCUCCUUAUAUACCAAAUAUUGUUAAAGAAUAUGAUAUGGCAGUUGCUCACUUCCAAGAAGAACCGCAAGUCAACAAUACUAUAAGAAUGGAAGUGGGAAUUGAAGACUCUCUUCAUAUUGAAUUUGAAUAUAAGAAAAGCAAGCUUCACUUAUCAGAUGUUGUGUUGGGAAAAGUAUACUUCUUACAGGUUAGAAUUAAGAUAAAGAGAAUGGAGUUGGAAAUCAAAAGAAGAGAAAGUGCGGGUACAGGAGUUCAUGCAGUGAAUGAAAUGGAUACGCUCGCCAAAUUUGAGAUUAUGGAUGGCUCUCCUGUGAGAGGCGAAAGUAUUCCUGUAAGAAUGUUCCUCUCAGCAUAUCCCAGUUUAACACCGACUUACAAAAAUGUCAACAACAAAUUCUCUGUAAAGUAUUUUCUCAAUUUGGUGCUGGUAGACGAAGAUGAUAGGCGAUACUUUAAACAACAUGAAAUAUUUCUGUGGCGUACAGUGACAACUUCAUAGAAACUAAGAAACUCUUUUUUAAAAAA